AUGGAGACAAUUAACUCAGAGAGGGAGGUGUUGUUUGGAAAGCGUCGACUGUAAGUUAGUGCAUCUUUAACUCUGAAUGACACCACAUAUAAUACAGGUAGCACUUUAAUGCCUCUCUGUCACCACGCAUGCAGAGGUUUAAAUCAUAAAAGGCUUCAGUUUGGAUGUCUUUUCAUCCUGCUGGACGCCCACUGAUCUGCAGUCAUGUCAGCUCAAAACACACGUUUACUCUUUAUUUUCUCCAGUGCAGAUUUGACAAAUUAAACUGCAGUUAGAGCACGCGAAGCUUACAAAGCUCUGACACGAAUCAAAACUCUUCUACCUAACUGCUGUGCUUGACUCAAGUCUGAACUACUUGGACUUUGACUAAUUUAUUAUCAAUAAUGCUAGACCUUGACUUCACUAAAAUUUGGAGGUAAGAAACCGUAUGGUACAAUGCUAUACUGUAUAAUAUGAUGUGAUGAGAUAUCAGUUGAUAGGACUUGGCUGUAUAUGGUACAAUUUUUAAGAUAUGACCUGAUACAACUGAAUAUGAGUUAUGAUAUGAUAUAAUAUGAUAUGAUAUGAUAUGAUAUGAUAUGAUAUGACGUGACAUGACAUUGAAUACCAUGACAUGACAUGACAUGACAUAUAAUAUAAUAUGACAUGACAUAUGAUAUGAAAUGAUAUUACAUGACAUGACAUGACAUGACAUGACCUGACGUGAAAUGAAAUGACAUUUGAUUUGAUAUUAAAUGAUGCAUGAUAUGACAUGAAAUGACGUAUGAUAUAAUUUGAUAUAAUAUGACAUAGGAUAUGAUAUGACAUGAUGUAUGAUAUGAUAUGAUAUGAUAUGAUGUGAUAUGAUAUGACAUGGCAUGAUAUAACAUGAUAUGAUAUGAUAUGACAUGAGAUGAUAUGAUAUAAUAUGACAUGAUAUGACAUGAAAUGAUAUGAUAUGAUAUGAUAUGAUAUAAUAGGAUAUGACAUGAUCUAAUAUGAUAUGAUAUGAUAUGAUGUGAUACGGUACUACUAGAUUCAUUUAAAUACAAUAUCUAUAAUUGAUCUGAUGCAAUACACAGUGACAUGAUACUACUUGAUAAAGUGCAAUAUGAUACAAUGUGAAACAACAGGAUACAACUACAACAGGAAACAAUAUGAUAGGAAAUGGUAGGACCCUACCAGGUGAUAUGACACAAUAUGAUAUAUAAUAAGAUUCAACAUGAAACAAAUGUAUAAAACACAACAUCAGAUACAUGGUCCAAGACAACAAUAUCUCAAAAACUUAUUGACCACCUCCAAUACACUUCUUAAUUUAUUAUCUUGUGUUAAUGCAGUGAGAUAUGUAUUGACUUAUGCACUGUGUCUGAUGUGCCCUGAUGACAGGGUUGGCCUCUUGUUUGCCUUACUGAAGUUCAUGAAAACUCUGAUUUAAUUUAUUUAUCUGUGACUAUUUUAAACCCAGCGUACAGACAGAUAUCAGCCCGUGUCUUUGUAGGUAGAGGAAUGCUGUAUGUUUAUUCCCCCGCUCUGAUGUCUGCUGCCAGCUCUCUGACUGCACUUGGCUGACAUUUAUGUCAACCUCUCAUAAGCCCAAAGACACAACCCUUACAAAUGUCAGAGUAUCUUUUCAUCAGCAGUGAAGGAUAUGUUCUUGGCUCCUGCUCUGUCUGUGUGCCGCGUCGCUGUUUGCCAACCGUCCAUUUGGAAGACCAAAUAAAAAUGUCAGAGAGGCACUAAAGUGAUGGAGUGUCUGUGCUGAUAUUAGACCACCUUUAGCUGUCAUCCUACUGCUGCUGCUGUUUGGACCACGCUGCUUCAUACCAACGCUGAAACACAUGGAGUGAGGCCGGCAGGUGAAUGAAGCUCUCUGCUGAAAUAAUGAGAAGGUUAAUGGCUGAAAUUGAAGAUUACUACUCUCUCUUUUCCCUCUCAUAUUAAUUCAUCUUUCAGGCUAUGUGCUUUUCUAUCUGCUCUUAAUUAUACCGCAGCGUAUAACAGAAGAUAUUCAACACAAAUAAUGAAAAACCGUCUAAUCUCUAACCCUGAGGCUUAUCAUCGCUCACUGAGAGCUCGUCAACAAGGACAAUCAGAGCUCUUCUUUCUCCCUCCAACCUUUCAGAAUACUUUUACAGGGACUGUAGUGUGAGAGGAAGCUGAUUUUCUUAAAAAAUAGAGCAAAAAUCACUUUUUUAAGGGUUGAAAAUGCUCAAAAAUUGACAAAGACUUUAUCAAAUGAUUGAAAGCUCCAAAAAAGUGACUUCAUUCAAAGUUUUAUCAACUUGUAUCGAUGCUGUAUUCUUCUUUAUUUUGAAUUUCAUCCAUGUUAAGCAAAAACAUAGUGUUUACUUUUGACACAUGCUUCGAGUUGCUAUAUAAAAGUUAGUUAUAUAAGUGUUAAUGACUUCAAGUACUGUUUUGUAGUGUGCUAACUUAAUAAAUUGAGGCUUAGAUAAUGGUAUUCCAAAGAUAAUGAUGUCUUGAGUAACUUAGCAUCAAAUAUGGUAGACUAAUAGUGCUUUUCCACCGAGAGUACCAAGAGCUUUUGGUUCCAGAAACUCCCCUCCGGUGACCCACUGCUGUCUGUAUUUCCACCAGGGCCUGAGGUGCAAGGGCUUAUGCCUGCACAGCUCUUUAUUUGAGCCCCUGCUGCAUUAAAAUAUAAAAAAUGUUCUCACAAGUCACGUUGGCAGCAAGUGAGCCGCGUUAAUUACCAAAUAACAUCAGAUUACAGGACAUAUUUGCUUUGUUGGCCUCUCUCUCUGCUCAGCUGGUGUCUGUGUGUAAAUAAAGCACCACUUUAUAAUUUGGAGGCAUUUUUUCAACUUGGUUUUCGACUGAUAACUGGAACGCUCAGUCAUGAUGCAGGGAUUUCACUAACUAAUCGACUAGUCAAUUAGCUGACUAUUUAAACCAUUUGUCUGUGUUGUGGUUAAUUGUCAACUGGUUGAAUAGUCGAUACCGCAGGAGGGAUGGCUGACCUCAGAGUUGACGUGUGGCCUCAGGCAUAUUUUGUUUAGAAUAGCCACACAGAUAUUUUUCUCUUUUUUUGUGAUUUUAAUUAGUCUGAUGUCUCACAGUAGAAUACUUAGGAUGAUUGUGUGACAGAACACAAGCACAAAAAAAAAAAACAAAAAAAAAAAACAUGUAUAUUCACACAUGUUAAGAAGGGACUUUUCAGGAUCUGUGUGAGUCCUUUUGUCAGUUUACAUGGCGACAGGAGGGCACUCUCAAGUCCGGUUUCAAAAGUUUGUACAUUCAGCCGCCCAAACUCUGUUUCCAUGUACAGGAGUGAAAAACACUGUUAUAAUUGGGUGUUUUCUAUUAAAUAUGUUUCUGCAUAAGCAAAUGCCAUCUUUGUAAUUUUGCCCCAGUUACACGAUGAAAUCUUAAUUACCUUCCCCACCCCUGAAAUUUCCAAACUUUUACUUUCUGCAAUCUUACAUCAACUUGCCCUGAAUUCUUGUGGAAGUUUUACAAAGAAGCUGGCUGGAAAAAUUCAAAAAAAUUACAUUUUGUCUGCCUAUAGACUGUAAAUGAAGGAUUUGAACAUUUUGGCACAGUAUUACUUAAAUAAAGUGACUGACAACAACUCUAACAGUGCUGAUAUGAAGACCUUAUCAUUAUGCAUACAUUAUCCUCUGAGCUGUUAUUUAACAGCAGAGCUCUGUAGAAAUUCUGAUGAAAAACUAUUUUUUUCAACUCGUACUUUUUCUACUAACAGCGCAAAAAAUGAAUCAGCCUCUGGUUUUCUGUCAAGUCCUUAUGAUCGCAAAGUUUCAAGAGAGAAGAGUUUGUUAUGAAGCUGUAAAAAAUAAUGUUUGUCAGCUCACUCCAUUUCUUGUUGCUGCUGUCAGUGAUAUUAGUGAUUCUCAGUCUUCUGUUCCAGUCAUAUCACGCCUCCCUCAUAAACCACCAAAAUAAAAGCCCUGCAGCCGGAGGAGCAGCCUGCUGUAGGUUAUUUGUUUUCCAAAUAUUCCUCGUUAAACAUUUGCUGUGAAUGCAGACCCAGGCCUGGUCCAGGCUUUGCUCCAUUCUGCCAGUAUUGACAGAUGGCCGGUCCAGGCCUGGCCCGAGGUGGACUAUAAGAUAAAACGAACGUCCAGCUGAUAGCAAAUCUGUCUGAGUUUCUGUGUGUAUUUCUCUGACUGUACUUCAGUUUGGAUUAUAAUUGAAAAGAAUCGGAUUUACAGAAAAUAACUUUCCUGCUGGACAAAUAAGACACAUAUUCAUGGAUCUAUUGAUGUUUCAAUUCCCAUCAUUUUGGCCUAAUAUUUUUUCUUUUAUUCCACUCUAAAUGAUUGAUUGAUUACUGAAGUUACUUCCCAGAUCCAGUCCACAUCAGCUCUUCUUAACCAACUCUCUGUAAAGGAUAGUGAACCCAGGAGACCAGUUUCUGGAGUCUGAAAAGUGAAAUAUUGCACCAUUCUUGCCUGAUAGAGGAUUUCAGCUGCUCAACAGUUCAGGAUCUCCUUUCUUUCCUAUUUUUGGUGCCAUGAUGCACCAAAUGUUUUCAAUGGGUGACAAUUCAAGACUGCAGGCAGGCCCGUUAAGCAGAAGGACUUCCGCUUCAGUCUAUCUUAAAUUGGCUCAGGUCCAGAGAAGUCUGGUGUUUCUUGAUCAUGUUCAUAUCUGGUGUCCUUUAAGAGGGAAGAUGAUUUCCAAAAAGACUAUCAAACUUGGGUUUAUCAUACCAUGGGACAGUUUUGAGUUUGUGGAUGAUGAGUUGUUCACACACAAUGGUUUUAAAAGUGAUUUUGAGUCAGUGCAGUGAUUUCAACUACAGAGUCUUUUCAUUUUUUAAUACAGUGCUGACAGAGGGCCUGAAGAUGUGAACCAUCCAGUCUUGAUUUUGGUCCUUGUCCCUUCUGUACAGAAAUUUCUUCAGAUUCUCUGAAUCUUUCAAUCAUAUUAUGUUCUGUAGAUGAUGAAAUCCUCAAAUUCAGGAACAUUAUUCUAAUACUGUUGAACUAUUAACUCACAUAGUCUCUCACAUAGUGGUGACACUCUUCCAGUCCUUCCUUCUGUUGGGAGAUGUUCCUCCAGCUGUAUCUUGACUCGUUUGGUUGUUCCACUAACAACUUUUUAGAAACAUGUUGUUGGCACCAAAUUUAAAAUGAGCAAUAAUAAAAAAAAACAAUUAAUUUUCAGUCUUAACUUUUUAAAUGUUAUGUUUGCAUUGUCUCUAGUUGAAUAGGCUUUAAAUGGUUUGCAAAUCAUCAAAAAAAGUUUAUUUUUUUCUUAAAAAUUCAACCAAUGUCCCAACUCUGAUUAAAUAAAGGGUUGUAUUACUAUGGCCUUAGAUUAAAAGUCCUCUAAAUUGAUGAGAUACCGCACACAAUAUAAUUAAAAUGAGGGGUAAGUAUGUAUAUAAGUGAUGAACAUAGUAAUACAGAUCCAAUCCAGUGGUGAGAUUAGUGUGGAUAUUAUUUGCACUCUCAGUUUUUGUAAGUAUAUAUUUAUGUUUAUAUUUUAAAGUAAUUUUAUUUGGCCUCCAACAGUGCACUUAAAAUACAUGAAAAAUCAGCAUGAAAACAUGUGGAUGGAUAGAAACCUACUGAGUGUUGUCAAAUAAAACUGACAGAUUAUGAGAUUGAACAAUGCAUUUAAUCCAAAUAAUUAGAAAAAUAAGCUGCAGGGGGUGAGGGAGGGGGCAUUGUGGAGACCUGAAUUGACCUCAGUGUUUUUUAUAAUCCUGGCUGCAGCCCUGCAAGACACAGAGCCAGAAAGAUAAAAAGUACCCAGGAACACAAACAGAGGAAAAGCAGCAGAUACAGUAAAUCUGAAGUCUGUGUCCUUUCAGAGCGAGCACAGCUUAAAAACCGGGAACAGCUUGGGAUGGAAAGCCACCACAGAGAAGACUUCAAGAGUUUCACCGCUGAGCCGUGAAAUGAAAAGUAGCAGCUGAUGUAGCAGCAGACCUGGCCGGGGUGGGGGAGGGUUACAGUGGGCAGGCAGCGGAGGGAGGAGGGGGACUACUUUCUGUCAACGCUGCAAGCUGACUACAAACUACAACUUUACUCUAGGCUUUUAUGCAGACUAGCGGCCUGUAUUUAUGGAUGUUGGCCGGGGGGAAGUCUCCUUGGAUGUUAGUGUUGCAUUAAUAAACACAGUAGAGUGUAGCUCAGGGCUGAUGAGGCCGUCGACAUGAAUAAAAAGCUCCGGAGCAGCAUCGAGAGAAUAGUAAUGUCCGUUUGGGAGUGCUGCCUCUGUCCAUGGUGCUACUUUCUCUCCCCACCGCUAAAAAAACCCAACUUGUGUCGUCAAAAACACAAAUAUAACCGUCGUUUUCUAUGAAUGCUGUGAAAAUAUGUGCUUCAAACUGUGUUCAAGUUUAUCGCUGUCGAGUUAACAAUAAAUUCAAACACUAACUGCCAUCUCUGCUCUUCAUCAACUCUCAGAUCACAUACUCCAGCGUCCAUUCCCGCCCCCCAUGAGUCCCAGCGACUGCUCAUUGGUCCACCCCUCUGUCCCUCCGCGUACGCAACUCCUGAUUGGCUCGUCUUCCCACCCCUUGUCGUCCCUCGCGGACUGAACCAGCAGUUUGGACCAAUAGCGUGUCAGCAUGUGUGAAAAGGGCGGGAGGAGAGGAGGAGGAAGGGGUGAAGGAGGAGGUGCACGGGGGGGGUCAGCCUGUCAGGAAUGGGG